GCCAGAUCCGUUCGUCUGUGGUGAAGUGUCAACACCGUGUUCGGCUGCUGUGUUGUUUUUCACUUUAAAUUCCGGUCUAACGGCGGCCGCAGAAAUGUCUACGUCCUCCGUUUCCAAGGGUUGUUUUGUUUUCAAACCAACCGCUAAGAAGAGGAAGCCCUCGCCCGGCAUUGAGAACUACUUCAUCAACGGCUGUGAUGCUGCAGGAAACAGUCAAGAGCGGUUUAAGCUUUGUCACGAUCUCUGGACCAGCAUUAAAACAGACACUGAAUCCUUGCAGGAAGAGCUAAACAGAAAAAUCCUGGACAGUUUGCUGCAUUUCACUGGAAAAUGUUCCUCCACAAGGCAGCAGAGCGACUGGGCGUCUCGGAUGAGGGCGAGUGAGAUCCCAACAGCAGCUCUGGUGCUUGGUGUAAAUGUGCCUGACCACGACAUGACGUUCCAGAGCCUUUCCGACCUGCUCCAGCAGUCCGUCACUCCCCAUGUGGUGUCUCUACAGGCCAAAGAGUGUUCAGCUUUAAAACUUUUGAUGAGAAGGGUUUUGGAACGCAUCAUGGGUACGGCUGUCGCCGACGACGAGGAUGAGGAGGAAGUUGAGCAGAGUAGCGCCCCCCUCCACACCAGUGUUCACUGCUCUCUGGGCACACUGUGCAACUGGUAUAACUCUGUUACAAAGGUGUCCUCCACUCCUGGGAAGAAACGCAGCUCCUUGGCAAAGGACCGCCAGCAGCCACCUGUUGUAAUCAUCUUCAAAGAUUUUGAGGCUUUCAACCCAAAAGUUCUACAAGACUUCAUACUCAUCUGCAGCCGGUACGUCCAACAUCUUCCACUGAUGUUCAUCUUUGGUAUUGCGACUUCACCGAGCACCAUCCAGCACAUGCUGCCACAUUCAGUCUCCUCUCUGCUCUGCAUUGAGCUGUUCCAGUCCCUGUCUUGCACACAGCACCUGGCCACCGUCAUGGACAAGCUGAUCCUGACUUCACAGUUCCCCUUCAAACUCAACGGCAAGGUCCUCCAGGUUCUCGUGAGCAUCUUCCUCUACCAUGAUUUCUCAGUGAGAAACUUCAUCAAGGGCUUGCAGCUGGCGCUGCUGGAGCACUUCCACUCCGAACCUCUGAGUGUUCUUUGCUGCGAGAAGAAGGAGGCUCUCCUCAACGUGAAGCAGCUCGACUCUGACCAGUUGGAGCGAAUCAGACAGCUGCCGUCAUUUGUAAGGUUUUUAGAGACGCAGGACGCAGAGGAGCGAGAUGAUCUCCUGAAGAACGACGCUCAUCUGAAAGAGGUGGCUAGUAACAUGAUCAAGAGCCUCCAGAAGUACCACAAGAACUACUAUCCAGUGCUGCGAGUCCUCCACACUUUGACUUCAGCUUUACCCCGUUACCCGCUUGGGAAGCAGAUCAGGGAGCUGCACCUGAUCUGUCUGGAGAAGAAUGUGUGGGAGAACCAGGAUUAUCUGUCAGCCAUCAAGCUUCUGAAGAUGUUGGCUAAGGAGGAGCUGACCUCUCUGCUGCAGGGGUGCGCUGAGAUCCUGAGGUCCUCCAAGUCCAAGAAGAUGAAGAGCGCUCAGGCUCAGCUGGAAGAACUGGUCAACAAAUUUAAGGAGCUGGACGCUGCCGCUAUGGAUGCGCCCCAAGACGCCGACGAAGUUUUCACCUCUCCCAUCAAAAACCUCCAGAAAAAAACGGAUUUGUUCCAACUGAAGAAGGCGCUGCUGGAGAUGAAUGAGUCCAGGAGAUCUAAGAAGCAGUCUCCUUUCGAAACCCUGCGAAACGACACCGUCGAGUUUAUCGACAGCUUAGUGAAGACUCACCUGUCGCCCCCCGAGUCACAGACGCUCUUUGAAGUCUGCUACUACACUUCCUCUGCCUCCAUCAGACGCCAUCUUAACGCUACACCUCGCAUCUCCAUCCAGGCUGCGCUCACCAGUCCUUACUACUACCUCCAGAACGAGCGUCUCAAAGCCGAGGACGGCUCCGUCUCCAACUCUGCUCCUGAUAUCUGUAUCGCCUAUAAGCUCCACCUCGAGUGCGGCCGCUUGAUCAAUCUUUACGACUGGCUGGAGGCUUAUGCUACUGUGGUGUCAGCGGCUGAAGGUGUUGAUCCAGAAUCGGAAAACUUCGGGAAGGUGGAUGAAGUCAAACACGCUCGCUUCAUCAGGGCAGUGUCAGAACUGGAGUUUCUGGGUUUCAUCAAGUCCACCAAGGUGAAGACAGACCACGUGGCGCGGCUAACAUGGGGAGGCUGCUGAGGCAGAAGCCUUCACAAAUAGUGUUCUAGAUUUGACCCAUCAAUUAAAGAAUGUACUGCACUGGCUGUUUUGCGACUACAUUUGUGAUUCACCUAUUUAAAUU